CUACGUGUGAAUGUUUGAGAAACGCUUAUAUGAACUCCUGCAAUGAUCAGCACACUGUAGUUAGUUCUCGGGAUGUUGACACUACAGGCGGUUGUGCUCUGUGCCAUUGUGACGACAGCAUGGUGCUUCGUGGACCUCUCGUUCCCUCCAGGGUUCAAGUUCGGAGUAGCCUCAUCAGCAUACCAAGUGGAAGGCGCAUGGAAUAUAUCAGAUAAAAGUGAGAGUAUAUGGGAUCACUUCUCACACACACAUCCAGAGAGGAUCGCUGGCGCAGCUCAUGGGGACGUGGCCUGCGACUCCUACAGGCAUUGGAAACGAGACAUUCAGAUGGUACACGAAUUGGGAGUGCACUUCUACAGAUUCUCUAUAUCUUGGCCGAGGCUGAUGCCGACUGGUUUCCCGAACUACAUCAGCGAGGAUGGCAAGCAGUACUACAACAAGCUGAUUGACGGACUCCUGGCGAAGGGGAUCCAGCCUCUGGUCACCAUGUACCAUUGGGACCUGCCGCAGAGGCUGCAGGAACUCGGCGGCUGGACCAACCCCCUAGUUACUGACUGGUUCCUGGACUACGCUCGCACGGUCUUCUCCUUGUACGGAGACAGGGUCAAGACCUGGAUCACGAUCAACGAGCCGCUGGUGAUGUGCGAGAUGAGUUACAAUGACGGAUCCAUGGCUCCUGGGAUCAUCAGUCCCGAAGUCGGGACGUAUUUAUGCAAUAAACAUACCCUUCUGGCUCAUGCGAAGGCUUGGAGAUUGUACGACAACGAGUUUCGCCAUAAAUAUCAUGGUGAAAUAUCCUUAGUCAACCACAUGUUCUGGUACGAGGCUGUUAUGUCUGGUGAGGAAGAAAUUACAGAGUUAGCCCAGGAAAACUCGGCUGGCCGUUACUCCCACCCAAUAUUCUCCAAAGAAGGCGGCUGGCCUUCCUCCAUUGUGGACGCCCUGGCGUUGAACAGCAAGCGGCAAGGGUAUCCCAAGUCUAACUUCCCGUCUCUGACCAAGGAAGAAAUCGAGCUCAUGAAAGGAACCUAUGACUUCUACGCAAUGAAUCACUACACCAGCCGUCAAGUUAGGAAGAGCAAAGGUGGAGAGAAGUUUGGCUCGUGGCCCAUCAACGAUGGACCUGACUUGGACAUCAAGCUGUCGGCACAUCACAGCUGGGCGAGGACUGCCGCGUCGUGGUUCUAUGUCAAUCCGCCAGGAAUACGAAAACAGCUUGUGUGGUUGAGAAAACAUUAUGGAAACCUCAAAUUCAUUAUAGCUGAGAACGGAUAUCCUUCUUCAGGUGGAAAACAUGACCCUGAUAGAAUAGCAUAUCUGCAUGAUAAUUUGGAACAGAUACUGCUCGCCAUUCAAGAAGACGGCGUGAACGUCACAGCAUACACGGUGUGGAGUCUCAUGGACAACUUCGAAUGGAUGGAUGGUUACAAAACCAAAUUCGGUCUUUUCGAAGUAGACUUCAACUCUCCAGAGAGGAAGCGCACUCCGCGCGCCUCCGCUCAUUACUACAGGAAGGUGAUCAAGGCGCACUCCCUCGAUGUUCCUAGACCACAUUAUCGCCCAGAGCCUUCGAGCAGUGGGAUCAACCUACCAUCUCUUACAUUAUUUAGUACAAUUUUAUUAAUUAAAUUAUUUUAGUUA